AUGAGUGCAAACAAAGAAUCGACUUCAAACAGCAUCAAGUUUACACCAAUGCCUAUGUCUGCGUUGCUUGCAAGUCUGAUGCCCUUACAAACUCAGCCUGAUACACCUGACUCCAGUUUUUCAUCUCAUAAUAGUGAUAGUGAUGACUCUGCUUGUGAAACAGUUGCAAAGAAAAGUCCGAUUCAAAGUAAAAUCACUAAGCAUUCGACCCCACUGCUCAAAUCACACAGUAAAGAAACCAAAAACGUCACUUCGGAUAAGAAAAUACACUGUGACAAUAAAGAGAAUUUUGAUGAGAAUUGGUCAAGUAGGACUUACCCAAGUAAAGAGAAUCGCAGUAUACAAAGCGCUAAUAAAAACACGAAAUUCAACCCAUUUAUAAAUUCAGAUGUAAAAAAACGAUCUGUAUUAUCUCUACACGACAACAAUGUUAAUAAUAUUAUAUCACAAGAAAGUAAUAUAGGCUCAGCCAUCAAAAAAACACCAGAGGUUUCAAAACCUCCAAAUCAUAAAACUAAAUCUGCCACUCCUAAGAUAAAAUCUGGUAUUCGAAAGUUUACACCAGGUUCCUCACGAAUGAGUCAGAAAAAAGCACAUUUGCAGAAUGUUGUACAAAACAGAGAUAAAGUUAGAUGUGAGUUAUUUGGUCAAAGUCAGACUAAGGAAAAUCCAAUAAAGCCAGAACAAAUGGCACCACCAUUGUCGGCACCACAAUCAACACCUAUUCCAAUACCUGCAACUCCAGUGAAUAGAAAACAGAUUCCUGCACCUUGUGUUGCCACACCUUCUUACCCACAGGGUGUGAUAGGCAAUGGUACAAAGAUAUUAUUUAAAACCACUAGUAUAAAAGACAAGAAAUAUAUGUAUAUUAAAAAAUUAGGCACAGGCGGUUCCAGUGAAGUUUACAAGGUACUUGAAGUUGGUACAUCAAAAGAAUAUGCAGUGAAGUGUGUAUAUUUAGCUACAGACCAGGAGCUGGCUCAGGGCUACAUUAAUGAAGUGAGACUGCUGCGUGAACUGCAAAAUUCAGACCGUGUAAUACGCUUGUAUGACUAUGAAUAUGACCGCACGAACCAAGUGCUGCGCAUGGUUCUUGAAGUAGGCGAGGCAGAUUUGUCUUCAUUCUUGCGAGGGCGCGGCGCUGGUUUACCGCCUGCACUAGUGCUACACUAUUGGGAGGAGAUGUUGCUUGCUGUUCUAUAUAUACAUGAGCAUGGCGUGAUCCACGCGGACCUGAAGCCGGCCAACUUCCUGCUGGUGUGUGGGCAGUUGAAGCUGAUCGAUUUCGGCAUCGCGUCGGCGAUCAGCGCCGACGCGACGAGCGUAGUGCGCUCACAGGCGGCCGGCACCUACUCCUACAUCAGCCCCGAAGCGCUCAUGGGCGGUGCCGGCGGCUACGGACGUGCGGACGAAGCCUCCACACCACCCAUCAAGAUCUCAUUUCGUUCAGACGUGUGGUCACUAGGCUGCAUACUGUACAGUAUGGUAUAUGGUCGCACGCCCUUUGGACACAUACCUAAUUUAGCGAAGCUAGCCGCCAUCCUCGACCCUAACCAUCGCAUUGAUUAUCCACCUGUUGACCAUUUGCCACCAUCACUGAUAGGGUCGCUAAAAUGGUGCUUGACAUAUAACGCGCGAGCGAGACCGUCAGUGCGUGAGUUACUAUCAGUGCGCCACUUGCAGCCGCCGCGAGCGCCACUACCGCAAACGUUGGUAGAAAAAGUACGGCCCCACUUAACACCCGAAGAGAUCAGGCUGCUUCAACGGGCACAAGUAUAG